AUGGACGAGAGAAAAAUAGCUGGACGCAAAGUGAAGAAACCAGGUAAACAGGGCUGUAAACUAACUAAAAUAGAUUUGAAAGCCAAACAAGAGAUAACAAAAUGCAGAAUGUGGAAAAAACUGAGGUACCAAUAUCUGGAAGAGCUGGUUUCAAGGCUGGAAAAAGCCAUCUGUGCUCUUAGAGAAGAAUUGGAAAUGUAGUGGUGCAUGGCAACUGAUCAAGGAAAAAUCUCAUCUGAAAUUAAAGCUCUCCCGAGCAGAGAAGAGCAAAGUAACACUCAGCAGAAUGUAGGCAAGAUGGCUAAAGCCAUAGAGAGUUAUGCCAACAGUUCCUGCUAA